AUAUGUAUACAGCACAUAUAGAGGCAACAAAGAUAUCUGAGGUUCGUUCUGCCUUAGUAGAGGCAGAGAAACAAAAAACAAUGAGACAAAGAAUGCGAGAAAAAGUUCGACCUAAAGCAAAUAGACUAACUAUUGAUUAUCAGGUCCUACAUGACUGUUUCUUUAAGCAUGCAGUUAAGCCACCAUUAACUAAAUUAGGUGAUUUAUAUUACGAAGGAAAAGAGUUUAUACAAAAAAAAAAGAAUAUUAAGCCAGGAAUAUUAUCUAAUAGAUUAAGGGAGGCAUUAGGCAUGGGUCCUUUGUCUCCUCCUCCUUGGUUACUUAAUAUGCAAAGGUACGGACCUCCACCUGCUUAUCCACGAUUAAGGUUACCAGGAUUAAAUGCACCAAUACCUGAGGGUUGUGUUUAUGGUUAUCAUCCUGGUGGUUGGGGUAGACCACCAAUAGGGGAGACAGGUAAUUUAUUAUAUAAAUUAGAGGAAGAAGAGGAAGAUAAUGAUGAUCCUGUUGCUGCUGCAGCAGCAGCAGCAGCAGCAGGAGGAGGUGCAGCAGGAGGUGCAGCAGGAGGUGCAGCAGCAACUGAUGAUCUAUGGGGAGAAAUACCACCAGAUGCUGAUGCUCCUGUAGAAGAAGAAGAAGAAGCAGAGGGAGAAGGAGCAGGAGCUGAUGGAGAACAGCCAACUGCGGAGACACCAUUUGAAGGAGGGACGUCAACAGUUGGAUUAGGUAGUGUAGGGUUAGAGUCUCCUGCAGCAGCAUUAGAUUUGCUGCAGCAGCAGCAGCAGCAGCAGCAAAGAGGAGACAGUUCUUCUUCUGUCUCCUCCUCUGUCCCUCCUCGUGCCUAUACUAUACUAACACCACAAGAGACACAAGUGCAGCAAGGGCAGCUAUUUGGUGUUAAGCAUACGUACCGUAUACCUACGCAGCAGCAGCAGCAGCAGCAGCAGCAAGGGGGAGGAGGAGCAGCAGGAGGAGCAGCAGGAGGAGGAGGGACAGGAUCUGGACUUAAUUCAGGUGUACAGACACCUGCCCGUCUCCUUAGCGGCAGGGCGUCUCCUUUUGUUGCAGGUAUUACCUCUCCUUAUGUAUCUGCUGCUGCUGCUGCAGCGCAUGCAGGCACCAGCAGCGGUGUUAAUACUCCUCUUGUUGCUGCUAGGCAAGGGACAGCUACACCUGCAGGAAUUACUGUCUCUCUUAAUCCUAAUGAAAUGGAACAAGAAGGAGCAUUUACUGCUGAUGUAAUUAGGCAGCAACUGCGUCAGCAUGAGGAAGCAGCAGCAAGAGCAAAGGCAGCAGCAGGACAGAUUGACCCUGCAGACCAGAGGAAGAGGAAAGGAGACGAAUUACGCGGUGUAUCUGCAGCAGCAGCAAAAUCCAAGAAAAAGAGACAAUUUAAAUUCUAA